UCAUCGCUCGUUACAGGCCGUGAUUUGCGACUAGUGGGUUUCUAUUAAUAUUUCCACUCUAAUUUACGAUUUUUACUAGCAAAUACUAGUUGAUUAUGAGCGAUAACGAGUUUUACCAGUAAGUUUGACUAGCAUUUGUAGAAACCCAUCAACCCUUGCCAAUUUUUGUCGGUUAUCAAAGUGGAGAUCGAAUUUCCAAAAGAUGAGUGAUUCACAACUCGACACUGGUGAAACGGAACGUUUUGCAUCGGAAAACUGCCCCGAAAGUAUGUUGAUUACAACUGACACAAUCGAAGAGUUCUCUCAAGAAAUCAGUACCAGUUUAGCUGAUAAAAAUGGAACUGAUAAUUGCGUAAGUACGAGAGAAGCGAUUGCAUCAACAAGCGGGGGCAGUAUAGCGAAGAUACAAGACGGACUAAAGGUUGACAUUGAGGGAAGUGAUGGAUCGAUGAGCAAGUCGAGUUCGUUCAGUAGUGCAAAAAGCAGAGAACUUACGGCGUCCUGCACGAGUUUGGCAGAUGAGGGAUCGACGGCAGCAAGUCAGGCUCAAACGAGCGAUGGAGCAACCGAACAAGAGGAUUACCUGCAUGAUCCCAAUUUUCUCAACAAAAAGAGGCAUGUUUUCAUUCUCAGCUCGGCGGGGAAACCGAUCUAUUCCAUGCACGGAAACGAGGACAAACUAGCGACUCUAUUUGGUGUGAUGCAAGCGCUGGUCAGUUUUGUGCAAAGUAGUAACGAUUCCAUCAAGUCGAUCCACGCAAUGGGUGUACGAUUUGUUUUUCUCGUUAAACCGCCGCUGAUUCUGGUAGCAAUCUCAAGGACGAGUCAUAGUGUGCAACAAAUACAGCUCCAGUUGACUGAUGUUUAUAAUCAAAUUUUGUCCACGUUGACGCUAAAUCAAAUGCAAAAAACUUUUGAAAAGCGGAAGAACUUUGAUCUACGCCGACUGCUGGCGGGAAGCGAACGACUAAUCGACCACUUGCUAGUCAAUGACCAAUGUGACCACAAGCUUGUUUCGAACAACCCGUUCAGCUUCAUGACUCAUUCGGUGCGAAUUUUACCACUGCAGACUAGUGUGCGGGAGACCAUCGUAGGCGCCAUCCAAACCAAUUGUGCGAAGAUUAAAAACCUAAUAUUUGCAGUAUUAAUAGCAAAUAAUAAACUAAUCGCUCUCGUUCGGAUGAAGAAAUAUUCUAUUCAUCCAGCAGAUUUGCGGUUGAUUUUCAACCUGAUCGAAUGUUCUGAGAGUUUUAAGUCUGCCGAGAGCUGGACGCCUAUUUGCUUGCCAAAGUUCGAUUCCAGUGGAUACCUGCAUGCGCACGUAUCCUAUCUUGCGGAAGACUGUCAAGCAUGUCUACUCUUGCUGUCCAUUGAAAGGGAUGCCUUUUUCGUUUUAUCGGAAGCUAAGAGAAAAAUUACAGAGAAACUCCGUCGAUCCAAUUGUCUGGAAGCCAUCAACGAUGCAAUGAACAGUAAGGGCAUCAAGCUGCAGAACAUCAGUAUCCCAGAGAUUCGCCAUUUCAUCUACAAGAGCAAAUCCAACGCACAGUUGCUGUGCUCUGAGUUGACCAUUCCGUACUCCAGUAUCGGCCAGUUCAAGCGGCUUGAGGGAAUGUACUUCGAACUGCACCAUCGGAUACACAACUCCGGCCGGCCGGUGAAACUGAUUUAUCAGAUGCAAGAGAAGGAAAUACUCCUAGCAUGGGUGACUCAAGCCUACGAAUUGUUUGCAACUUUCGAACCGACAGUGCAUCGAAAUGAAGUCAUCAAUCUCGUUAACAAGCUGCUGAAGUGGAUUAGAAAGGAAGAAAACAACCUGUUUAUACUGUCGGCACCCACCUUCUAGGAUUUGGGGUACUUUUUUCCUUCAUUCCCUCUAUUGUCGUUCGCAAUUCAGUCUAAUGCUGGUGCUAGCGAAUCAAUGAUCGGUUGAAUAAGGAAAAAAGCGCGUCCCCUCUCUGCCUUCAGACAAUUCCAAACCAUGAGAAGCUUCAGCAGAAAAUGAUUUCGAGUACGUUUUUUUCGUGUCAAUGAUUUGGUUUCCGUGUUUUUUUCAACUAGUAGACUAAGAGCAAUAGUAAAAAUAGUUUGAAUAAUGAAAUUGAAUAACACGGUGAUAUCUGCUGGAUGCUUCUAGAAUGCUCUAUUUAUCGAUCAGAAUACAAAAAAAAAACGAGUCAACAGACACUCGUGUUCGCCAAUCGACUGCUGGCCGAAGUGCUAUAUUUGAUUGUUAACAUGUUAGUGAAAAACGCUCUAAGCGAAAAAUGUGAAGAAAUCCUAAUAGUGUACAUAGAUGUUAUAUUGUAAACAAUUUUUUUCUGAUAAUCAUUCAAUACAGAGUGUUUUACCGAACAGCACACGGUUUAAAUAAAAAUAGAGACUGUAAA